UCUUCUUUGGCCCAGAAACAACUUGUUGAACGAUAGAAGAGCCAGCUCUCUGUUUUGUUGCUCCACGCACACACAUUCCGACGCGUCUCACACGUCACCAGAUUAAAGGAACUAUCGCAAAAACUAUCAGUGAUAAGGAUGCGCCAGCUGAAGGGAAAGGUGAAGGAGACGCGCAAACAGAAGAAGGAGCGCAAACUGGACAACCUGGAGAGCCAGGCCAAGAUCCGCACCGUGGUGCUGCCGGCGCUCGGCGUUUUGGCGGUCUUCCUGGUGCUGUUCGUCUACCUGAAGACCCGCCCCGCUGUCUUGGCCUAAUGUAGUCAUAAAAUGUAGUUGAUAGUCGUGGGCAAUGCAAUUCAAUCGUUGUAAAGACACAUAGCUUUAAUAGUACAAUUAAAUCGCAGUUCGUCCAUCCAAAAA